GGUAAAACCUAACCUAACAUUUGUGUGCGUCAUCUAAUGAAUUUGUUUUUGCCUUCAAUCUAACCACAGGAUGGUAUAUAUAUAUCACUGUUAUAAUAAAUGUUAGUUAUUAUAUGCUGGUAUCUGAUUGCUCAGUAUGUUAAUUACUAAAUUACAACUAUUUAUAUACUUAUUUUUGCAAAAUGCAUUUUGACCAAUGGAGAAAUGUUAUGGUGUUGAAAUGUGCAAUGUCCAAGGAUGAAUUUCUUUAUUGAUGAAAUGUGUCAAUGAUGAUAUGUCUCCUAUGACAAGGUGUCUGGCCAACCCUUUCUACAUGUAUACAAAUCUUUAAGAUUUGAAUGUUUUACAUACUAAAACAAAUGUUAGCAAUAUUUUCAAAUCUUUCCCAACUUAUUUAAAAAUUAUAUAAAUAUCAUUAUUACAGGAAGACAUCUUGACAUCAAGAAGUACAUAAUUUUCCAUGUUAUGGAUGGCAAUGAAUUUUAGGCAGGAGCUUUCAAGUUCUGUUUGAAAUUGACUGGACUAAAAUUUGCCUUUCUGCUGCUGCUGAGGCUGAUCAUCAUGGGUGACAAAGCUGAGUUUGUGCGGUGCAUCUGGAUGCGCUUGGGAGUUGGAGAUGAUGGCUUCUUAUCAAUGGCUGAUCUCACCAAAGUUUGCCAUGCUAUUGGCAUGGAAGAUGAUGCUAAGGAACUCUUCACGAGGUUGGAUCUUGAUGGUGAUGGAAGAAUCAGUUUUGCAGAGUUCCUCCACCUCUUCCAGAAGCGCACGCCAGAGAUGAGCAUCACCAAUGGCCAGACCUCCGUCCCAGCUCCACCAACCUCCCCUCAAAGCAUUUCCUCUACAACAUCUGGCUCGGUUUGGCAGUGUGAAGGCCGAGCAGCUAAUGUAAGUAACAAGUCUGGGCGCAGUGUGAGUAGCAUAACCAGCAGCGGCAGUGGUAUCACAAAGAGUGGCAUGCGGAACAGUGGGGGUGCAGUCGUCAGCCACUCAAUGGACGAGUCUCCUAUGGCUGGUGCUCUUGCACCUUUCCUAAUGCCUAGUGAAGCUGCUGGCUCCUCGCCUCGUACUUCAUCCAGGAGCAUCGGUGUGUGGAGGCUGCUGCAGCGUUGGGAGAGCUGCGGGAUCAGAGAUGGUCAGGCUCUACUCCACUACCUUGGACUUCCCAGCUCUCCAUCAGAAGAACUAGCCUUGCAUGACCUGACGUCAGCCAUAGAGGAAGAGUGCACUGCAUCGCCAGAUGAGUCUGAGUGCUCCUCUAGGAGAACCAGUGAACCUCCUUCUUCAGCUCUCGCCAACAGGCGCGCCCUGUGUUCUCUUCUAUUGUUGGAAACAAAACACCUCAGGAGUGCUGUAGAAAGCGCCUGGUGCGAGCGUGACAAGCUGCGUGCAGAUCUGGCGCACACGUCGCACCGCUUGUCCAGCCAAGCACAGGAGCUUGACGACCACACCAUGGCGCUCGAGGCCACCGCGCACCAACACAUCCAGAGUGUUGAGAAGCAGCAUCAGGAGGCAGUGAGGGCCCUGCAAGAGCGACUGUAUGGCGAGCGUGAGGCCAAAGAACAAGCCAUCGCUGCUCUUGCCGACGCUAAUAAGAGGGCUGACCAUCUGCAGCAACAACUCAACAAGUCACGCGACCUCUUGGGGCAGACUGAGCAGGCAUGCGAACGACUGGAACUUGAAAACCACGAGUUAACCACUAAAAUGAACGCAAUGAACGCUUCCCUUGCUGAUGCCGCUGCUCUCAACGUCAAGCUACAGCGCAGGCAGCAAGACCACCAAGAAGGAGAUGAGCACGGCGAUGAGCGAGGAGUUGGUUUUUUGGCUGGCGAAUGCCCUGGCGAUGACGCUGAGUGGCGGGAACUGUGCGCUCAGCUUGCCAAGCUGCGCCAUGACAAUCAGGCCCUCAGAGACAGCAAUGACGAGCUCCAGGCCAGAGUGGAGCAGCUAACCCUGCACCCGUCGCACCGGGGAAUGCUCAGCGUUGGAGAAAUGAGCCUCGAUGGUACUUGUAUAGGAGAUUAUUUACUACCUGCCGGACCCAACACCAGCAUUUCCAGCACAGUAAUCGCCAGCUCUCCACGGGAAAAUUCGCAUCCCUCUGCUAAUCUGUCCAGCAGCGAGCAACCCGCCUGGAGCAGUGCUGGGAUCAAGCGUCCCGCGGUGGGCAGCAGCGAUGAAGUUUCGUGGAGCUCCCCACACGACGUGAGCAGCGCCUGUCGUCGUAGUUCCCCUGACCUCCUUAGCCCACGAGCUGGCAAGAUCGCGCGCUGCGCGUCCUCGCCUCCACCUCCUUAUUCUUCGUCAGCAGUCCUAGGCAUGGGUGCAUAUGGCAGCAGCUCGCAGCCAGCUUCGUUGGAGCUGCACCUGACGUCACUGAGCAGCGGUGGCAGCCACAUUGACGAGCACGGCAGCGUUCGGGACGCGUUCGAUCACCGACGCGUGGCCAGCGCCAGCAGCGUUAUGACAAGUAACGCUCUGAGCAGCGAAAGCAUCUCUUCAGCGUCGGCAAGUGCCCCACAGUCCUCUAGGCGCAGCCGCAGCGGAGGUCUGGGGUCGGAGUUGGCGAGCGUGCGGGUGGAGGUCGCAGGGCUGGUGCAGCAGCGGCACCACUUGGCCGCGUGUGUGGCACGCCUGCAAAUACAACUGGACGCACAGCUAUCUCAGUGGGGCUGCUGGGAAAAAGCUCUCAAGAAGCUCAUCAAAGAACUACAAACUGGAGAAAAAUACGCAGAAGCUCAAAAGUCAAAGUCUCUACCGUCCUCUAGCAAGCCUCUAGCUAAAGUAUCAUCUGCUGACGAUGUUUUCCUGCCUAACGUUCGCCCGUGCUUGUCUGACACAUCUCUUGCCUCACAUGAACAUCAAGAUGCAGUUCCUUGCACAUCUUUUCUGCCGAAGCCUGGCCUAGACAGCCAAACCUCCACCAAUAGAGAUUCGGUAUCUGCCGCUGCCGAUGGUAAGGUUUCCGCGUCUCUUGAUGAUGUCGAUGAAACUCCAAACGACAAUCAGGCAUCGGACGAGUCCAGUUAUAUUCAGGACAGUCCUCGCAAAGCCCCUGCGGACCUCUUGCCGCUUCUUACUUACCUGCGCUCAGCGGUGCGUGACCUGCAGCAGAAGGAGCUCGCGAAGCGUCACGUCCUGGAACAAGACCUCAGUGCUGCUGAGCGACAAAAAGCCCAACUUGAGGACAAUCUAGCGCAACUUCAGGCCGAACUUCAGAGCGUGCGUGCAGAAUUGGAUAAAAGUGAAGAUUAUUGGCUACUGAAGCUCCAAGACGAGCAGGACUACUACGAAGAGGAGCGCCGCGUCUACGAUCAGAAAUUUGCUGAACUUGAGGCAAAAAUUGUCCAGUACGAAACUGAAGAAUUGAACAGAACUUCUAAUGCUUCAAAACAGCGGCUCUCACCUAUUGACGAGAGCUUACUUUUUGAGCAACAGGUCAACGAACUUGAGCUCGAAUUAUUAGAAGCGCAAAGACUUCAAUCUGCUGCUGAAGCGGAACGCAACGCAGCCAUCGAGCUGCAAAGAUUAGCAGAGGAACAACUUGCUAGCCUUUGGCAGGAAAUUGAGAAAACGGAUACCAAGGAAUCACCCAUGAAUGUGGAGAGCGCUGAACAAUGUGACCAAGCCGUGAACAAUACUGAUGCUAUGGAGGAAAUGUGCGUUCACGAGUCAAAUCCAAAGCAGAACAUUGAAAUUUUUUUGGAUAAUACUGACAAGAAUACAACUAACAUUUCCUGUUCAAGCAGCUCCAUGCCAUGCAGCACUGAGACAGAUGUUAACAAGUCGCUUAAUACCAGCAAUCCAGUUGCUGAAGAGAAUCCCAUUACUGCUAGUGAGACGACGGCCUCCAAAGAUGUUGCUGUUCAAACUCUCGCACUGUUGGAUCCCACUGAGGUUCAUAUGAAUGGUGAUCAGCACGAUGCAGCACCAGCAGCACGUAGCCGAGGUGAGCAGCAGCAGCAGCAGGAGGUGAUGCAGCAGCUGCAGGAGAGCUGUCAGCAGCUGCAUGCCGCGCAGCACUCAGCUGCAGCUGCUCGAGCACAGCUGGAGAAGCUGCACGCGCAGCUGCAGGAACACAUGGAGAAGAGCCUCGCUACGCCAGCUGCUGGUAACGGUGCUGCUCUAGUGCCAGCGUCUGUGUUGGCUGCCUUCAUCAAAGGUUGCCGAGAGCACCAGCAGCUUCACGUUACUGAACUAGAAGCUGCUCUGGCCACAGCCCAUCAUCAUCUCCAGCAUCACGCUUCUCAGCACGCUCAGCAGAUGCGUCGUGCUGAAAAAGCUGAUAAACUCCUCGCUGGCAUCUUCGUGGAGAACGCGGAGCUCAUGCGCGCCUUACACCUCACAGAGGCGCGCCAAAAACGCGCUGAGCAAAAGCUGCGUUCAAUCAACUAACUCACGUCUUCUCGGCCCGGUGGCGUCUUUUCGGCCCGUCCUGACGUCAUCUCGGCCCGGCCUGGCGUCUUCUCGGCCCGACCUGGCGUCUCGGACCGUUUUGGCGCCUUAUUUGAUCAGACUUGACAUACUCCUGACCCAGAUAUUGGAUACCACUUAUUUAUUCUUUAAAUGAAACUCUCUUCAAACGUGCAGCUUCAAAUCACUCAUCCAUGUAACGUAAUCUGACACUCAUUAUCUUAUUCUUAUAUAAAAAAUUGAGAUUUCAUCAAGAAUUUGCUCGAAUUUCCUCAGGUUCACAAAGUGCAUCAUUUUAUGAAUUUCAUGACCGAAUUUUUGCAAUAAUCAUAUAUGCUAUUCGUAUAGUAUCGCUAAUGGUUUGUCUCUCUUUUGGCUUCAAAUGAAGAGUAUGGUUUAUACAAUUAACAAUGUUCUCAUAUGAACAUAACCUCUAUGUGUAGGUUAAGGCUUUCUCUUCGUUUACUUCGACACAUUGCACCUCAUAAAUGUAUAAUUAUUUCUGACUCUAUGUAAAUUCUAUGGAUUCUAUAUAUAUCUGUAAAUAUUGUGUUUAUGUUGUGUGUUUGAUUAUUUAGACAGUAGUUAAUUAUACUUGGAAUAGUACGAGUAAAUUUCACAAUUACCUACGCAAAUGUUCAUUACAUCAUCGAGUUAUAGAUGUUAUAAUCAUCGCCUUUGGAAAGAAUUCAAAUAAUAUUAUUCAGAUCGAAGUCUCUUCCUUGGGUCAAAAAUUGUGUCUCUUUGAACUUAACAUAAAAUAUUUUAAAUAGAUGUUCAACUUAUGUAGGAAGUUUUGAAAACUAUAGGAAGUAUAAUCGAGUGAUUAAAUCGGUAUAUGAGUGACUUUAUGAAUAAUUGUUGAAAAAUUGGCACUUUUGUAGUAAGUUACUUGACUUUUCUAUGCCAUGUUAGCGGAAUUUUUGUCUGUAAUGGUAGCAUAUAUAUUACAAACACUGUUUUAUCGUGUUAUGUGGCGGGUCUAUGCUACCAUUGUGCCUGUAAUGAUAGCAUAUAUAUUACAGACACUAUUGCAUCGUGGCGUGUUGAUAUUACAGACACUGUUUUAUCCUGUUGUGUAUAAUGUCUGUGUAAUCUGCCAUCUUGUAACACAGUUUCCCGCUAUAGACGCUGUGUCAACCAAGACUCACUUACGCAUCCGUCCGUAAACUGUAGAGUUAGUUUAUUCUGUCCGUUUUCCGUUUGAAUCUAUUGUCAUGGUAUGUUAAUGUUUAACAAUUCUUAGUGUUGUGUCUGUUUUCCAAAAUUUAUCUGCCAUGUUUUUUUAAGAAAGAGGAUUUUGCUGUAGUCCUAAUCAAUUUUCGUAUGAUCAGCGCCUUAUGAUACCUUAAAUUUGUUAUUAAGAUGACUCAAAGAUAUUAAGAAGACUCGUAUUCUAUACAUUGAUUGCUUUAUUAAAACAGAGUCACAAAUAUUUGCAUCGUCUUAUAACGUGUGUUAUGUUCACUUGAAAUUUUGUGCUAUUUGUUUUUCCCUCGCCCUGUUGUUCUGAAGAAGCCCUGACAAAAUGUUUUUAUCUCGCCCCCCGUAUCUGUUGACUGGAUUUUGCUGUUCGGCCCAACACUUCUUUGUGAGGGUUUUUGAACGAUCUUCUCACUUGGUGUUGGGUAUGAAUUUUUAUGGCUUGACGUAAACUAUAUCUACGUUUAAACAAUUAUUUUUUUCAAUCGUUGAUGUAAUAUUACGUUACCAUUGCACAAAACUCAAUAACCUAACCUUGAGGUCUCGUACAAAUGUGAUAUAGAAAAUGCCUUAUUUUUCGAUCAUUUUACUAGUAGGUUCAUUAAAAGUGCGUUAGCAUUCCUUGCAUAGAUUGUCUUUUUGCGCUUCUCUUCCACAGUUCUGGACUGUAUACUUGCAGAUUGUUGCCGAAAUAAUAUACGUUGUUAUUUCUACACCAAUCCUAGUGAAUUAGGUCAGUCAGCUAACUUAUCAGGCUUUUGACUGACUGAUCUGAUUAACCUGAUCAGGUUAAUCAUUAACCUGACUGACAGGCUUUUGAUCAGGUUAAUCACUAACAGCAUUCGCCGUUCCCAGCGCGUUAAUUACUGGCUGGGUAAAUGUUUUCGGUUGGCCAUACCCGUGUAUUAUAUAAGAUGAAUGUUUCAGAACUCUUGUUCACUCAAUAUUUAUAUUCGUCAAAUUGGCUCUUGUUUGGCAUCUUUUGGUAGUAAAACUCAUGAGCAGGUUGAAAAAGUGAAACUUGUUUCAAUUUAACAUUGGAUUAUUCAUGGUAUAGUUCAGUUUACGUUUUCUUCGAUCUGUUCGUACUUUUAUGAGAGGAACUUUGUACCAGUAUUGUAGUUGCCGUCCGCUUGGUAAACUCAGUAUCUUCUUAUUUGCCCUGAAUGACGAAAUAAUCCCAGUUCCUGUCACGAUCAUGGCCGGUUUCACCACGAGUGUUCAGAAGCUCACGACUUGACAUGAUCACGACUUGCUGAUCUAAUUCCUAUAUUCUGUUUACAAUUUCCUUUGCUAACUCUCAUUGAAUUAUUGAUUUCUCAAAUUUUUUAAAUUAAAAAUAUCCAUUUGUUUCUUGGUCUGAUCUCCUAGUAUACUUUUUUUCUGUAGACUUUAUAUCAAUUGUAAACAUUUUUUCAAAAGACAAUAUCGCAAUAACAAUUCACUUUUUACAUUUCAUUUUUCAUCGAGUUUUAACUUUAUGAUUGUCUGAUUUACCACAAAUAACCCUCUGCGAAUUGACAAAAUUUCAUGUUAACGGCCUUUAUUGAAAGAUAUGCUCUUAGUUGUGCUGGCUAUCCUGUUGCUCACAUAUUCUACAAUUCACCUGUACAAAUUUUACUUCAAUUUUGUUUUCUUUCUAUGCAUCUCGAGAACGUUCUAAUAGAUAGUUCUAUUUUAAUUAUCAUUUUGUAGCGUUCAUUGAUUUAUCUGCAAUCUGUUACAUUAUAUUCUGACAUCAAAA